GCUGAGCUUCCCAAGAUGGCCGCGAUGUGUGUAAUGUGAUCUUGGUUCAAUAGUCAAGUUCUACUGGAACUGAGCAGCAGCUGAGAGCUGCAGAACGCUACAAGAAUGGCCUAUGCAGAUGACGCUGAUGAAGACUACAGACUAUUCGAUGGCUCCGACAGUCCGGAGGCACAUGAGAGCUGCAGUGAUUGGAACUUCAGCACUGGUGAAUCGAGUAACGAGAGCUCGGAAGAGGAGGAGAGGAGCCAGCAGCAGGAAUUGGAGUCGGGAUCGAUAUCGGGAAUGACAAACAAUGAUGAGGAUUCAUCCAUGAAUGACAUUCCAGGACUGGCUACAUGUGAGAUGUGCGGCAUUAAAGGAGUCAGGGAAACCUUCUUUUCCAAAACCAAAAGGUUCUGCAGCGUCUCUUGUUCUCGGAGUUACUCCUCCAACUCGAAGAAAGCCAGCAUCCUGGCUCGGUUGCAGGGAAAGCCACCGACAAAGAAAGCCAAAGUGUUGAACAAAGCUGCGUGGGCAUCCAAACUGGGCAAGUUUCUCCAAUAUCACUCUGGCGAGGCCACGACGAACAGCAAUCAGAAAGCCGGUUCUGAUGCUGCCCAAGGGUUUGAAUGGGGGAAAUAUAUUGAAGAACAGAACAGCAAAGCUGCCUCUGUUGGCUGCUUUAAACAUGUUCCACUAUAUGACCAGUGGGAAGAUGUUACAGAAGGCAUGAAAGUGGAAAUAUUGAAUCAUAACUGUAAUCUUCCUAACAGGGUCUACUGGAUAGCCUCGGUCAUCAAAUUAGCAGGUUACAAGGCACUACUGAGAUACGAAGGAUUUGAAGAUGACUUGCAACAAGACUUUUGGUAUAAUCUAGGGAAUGCAGAUGUCCACCCAAUCGGCUGGUGUGCAACACUUGAUAAACCGCUUGUGCCACCUCAGGCUGUGCAAAACAGAACCACGGAUUGGAAAGACUAUCUGUUAAAGAAACUAAUUGGUUCCAAGACCCUCCCAGUUGACUUUCACGAUAAGAUGGUGGACAGCAUGAAGUACACAUUCCGACAGGGGAUGAGGGUGGAGGUUGUCGACAAGGGACAGAUUUCACGCACGAGGAAAGCCAUUGUGGACACCGUGGUGGGCGGGCGCCUGCGGCUGCUGUACGACGACUGCGAAGAGGACGACGACUUCUGGUGCCACAUGUGGAGUCCGCUCAUCCACUCGGUCGGGUGGUCCAGGAAAGUGGGCCACAAAGCAAAGCACGGGGAUGGGGGUCAUAAAGCAGACUCGUACCCAUCUUUUAGGAAGAUCUACUGUGAUGCUGUACCCCACCUCUUCAAAAAGGUUCGAGCAGUUUACACACAUGAUGGUUGGUUUAAGGAAGGGAUGAAACUGGAGGCCAUUGAUCCAUUGAAUUUAUCCACCAUUUGCGUGGCUAGUGUCCGAAAGGUGCUACUGGACGGGUAUCUGAUGAUUGGAAUUGACGGCUCUGAGGCGGCCUAUGGAUCAGACUGGUUCUGUUACCAUGCCUGCUCCAAUUCCAUCUUUCCUGUGGGAUUCUGUAAGAAGAAUCAAAUUGCACUAACGCUUCCACAAGGCCACGAGACGGACUUUGACUGGGAAACAUAUUUAAUAGACUCUGGCACUGUGGCAGCCCCUGCUAGUCUCUUUAUUCGGGACAUUCCAUAUCACGGUUUUGAGCCCGGGAUGAAGCUGGAGGCUGUCGACCUGAUGGAGCCUCGCUUGAUCUGUGUGGCCACCAUCACGCGUGUGGUGAACCGCCUGCUGAAGAUCCAUUUUGAUGGGUGGGACAAUGAGUAUGAUCAGUGGGUGGACUGCGAGUCGCCAGAUGUGUAUCCAGUAGGCUGGUGUGAGCUGACGGGCUAUCAACUGCAAGAGCCUGUAGCACCAGCUUCUGAAAAACCAGCGGCAGAAACCAACAAGUCAAAGAAGUCGAAGAAGAAACAGAAGGGGACGCCGUUGGUGAACCAAGGAAUGAAGGAGCAGCCAGAGGCAUUACUCAACACAAAAGGAAAGGAGGAGCCAACUGAAGAUGAAAUCAUCGCAGUGCAGGUGAAGGAGGAAACCGUUGAGUUAGCAACAUCGGUGGAUCCCAACAACCUGCUCUUCCCUCCAGAAAACCUCAAGCGGGAGCGGGAGGACUGAGCAUAGUCGGACUCCGACCACAACCAGUGCCGUGUCACACUGCCGGGACUUGGUCACACUCCCGACCCUGUAGGUUUCCUCGUUUGGGGACUGGUCUUGGUGAAGGAAUACUGCAGACGGACGGAAGCUCCCAGACUUUGAAGCUGUGUUCGGUGAAGCAAGCUGGUUUAAUCUGGCUCGGUCUGGAUCCAACUAUACGUACAUACUGGGGCUCUUUUGACACUCCUAAGUCUCUACUGCCGGAAUAAACUAUGAUUUAUUAAUAAGAAUUGCGCAGUGAAAAGCUGAAGCAGUUCUAGGAGAGUGUUUCAAAAGCUGGCGUGCAGAGAGUGUUAUUUUUCUCUAAGUCAUCGGUAUGUCACCCAGUUUCUUUUCAAUUGAUAUUACCACCCAUUGUAUUAUAUUUAAACAGACGUCCUGAUGCAGAGGCCCGCUUGCCCUCUGUCACACCCAAGUGGCCAAUCUUUGCAUGCAAGUGUGGACAACAGAUAGACAUGAAUCAUUUAACCACUGGUUGUAAAUGUGUAACUCGCUGCUGGUGCAGUGUGGAGGUGGUGUCUCUGCUGGGGCCAGCAGCGGUAACUGGCUAUAUAUUUCCUUGUGCAGACCUUUAUUCAGACCGGCAACCCUGGUCCCUGUAUUUGUCCCAGCUACGGUUGCGUAAUUAGCCGCAAACAGGCGCCCUUGGUCUGUGUUGUCAUCGAAACAUAGAGGCAUAGAAAAUAGGUGCAGGAGUAGGCCAUUCGGCCCUUCGAGCCAGCACUGCCAUUCAAUAUGAUCAUGGCCGAUCAUCAAAAAUCAGUAUCCCCGUUCCUGCUUUCUCCCCAUAUCGCUUAGCCCUAAGAGCUGUAUCUAACUCUUUCUUGAAUACAUCCUCUCUUGUAGAGCUCAAAUAGCAGAUCCUGGCCACCUCCCGUUCCGUUAAAGUUCUCUGCUUUAUGCCCACGCGAGGCCACAUAAGUUCCACAGCGCAUCCCAGAGGCUUUUGAGCUGUUAUUCACGCAAAAA